AUGGCUAUCAUGAAAGAAGAGCAUUUCGAUAUUAAUGAACAAAAACCAAAGACAGAACCAUUUCUUUCCAUAGAUAUUCCAAAUUCAAAGAAACGUCCUCUAUCAGGUGACAAUGGUGAUAUGGUUGAACAUAAUAUAAAACGUUCAAAAUUACAUGAUAUAAUACAACAACUCCGUAAUGAGGAAGCAAAUUUAUUAAUGUUAAAACGUUUACGAGCAUGUCAAGUGACAACAACAAAGACAAAUGGAUUUUAUCCACAUAAUUCCGCAACAACGAAUAGUAAUACAGCUACGAGAAUACCUCCGACAUUAACAGUCGCAGCAAAUAAAAAUCCUCUCCCAUCACCAUCACCCACAGCAUUAAAUCAGUCUCGAUCGACAAUUUCAAACAAUACUAAUCAUCAAUCACAAGCAUUUCGUAAACAACAACCACCAACAACGUCGUCUUCAUCAGUGAUGAAUAAUAAACCACAAUCGAGUAGUCGACAACAACCAUCACUGUUAACGACUAAGCCACAAUUAGCGAAUAAUUAUCAACAACAACAACUGACUACGAAUAGUAACAAUAACACAAAUCACAUCCCCUCUUAUACAUUAGAACAACGUAUGACUGCAGCUAAGAUCGCUUUACGAAAACAAUUAGAACGACAAUUGUUAGAUAUCCCAUCACCAAAACCCAUGUUACAAGAUGUACAAUUUGUACCAAAUCCGUCUAGUUUUGAUUUUCAAAUGUUGCAAGGCUUAGAAGAUGUUUUACAAUGUCUAAGUGAAAUAAAUAUUGUCGAAAAAGAAAAUCUGAAACGUUUACCUCAACGAUUUACGGAUCGUGCAGAAAUAUUAGAUCCAUUCGUAUGUUCUAAUUGUAAAACUGAUUGGACAACACGAUGGUGGAAAAACGAUCAAGAAGUUACGGAAGGGGAAGAUGAGGAUGAUCUUAAAAAUGGAUGUUUGGUUGAAAUGAUCAUAUCGUUAAAAAUUCCAUUUUAUUUAGAUAUUCUGUGUGAUCGUUGUAAGAAACAAGUUAUUCGUCGUUCAUCAAAAACCGAACAUUCGGCAUUAUUAAAAAACGUGUUUGUUAGCGCUAUGGAGCAAGAGCGAGAUAUCGAAAAGAAUUUUAAUACAUUAAUUCGACAUCAACAACAGCAGCAACAGAGAACAGCUAGAAAUACAAAUAGUACGAAUAACAUGGCCACCAGAAAUCAAAUUCCAAGUUCUCCUUCAAAUCAUCGUCUUCCUUCUCGAAACCAAUCAGCAUUAAUCAGUAACACUAAUCAACGAGCUAAAAUUUCGCCACUAACGACCCCACAGUCACAGUUUGCAACCAAAUUAUCUCAACAAUCACAAGUUAAUAGGAAGCCGUCGUCUUUUCCUAAGCAGCCAAUUAACCAAACUUCUUUACAAUAUGUAAGACAACAACAGAUUCUUCAACCAUCUUCACAACAGCAGAGACAUUCUCAUUCUGCAAGACCCGUUCAAUCAUUGAAAAAUAAUCAACGGCAAGUACCACAAUCAGCUAAUCGUCAACCUAUUCCUCCAUCGCAGACUUCGCUUCUUCAACGACAACUGCUACUACAACAACAACAACAACAGCAAAUGCAAACAAUGAAAACAGCUGCACGACGAUCAUUUCCGGCAAAUAUAUAA